AUGACUGAAGAUACUAUACCAGCCUACUACUAUUACAUAGAUCCGCAAUCUACAGCCUAUUAUGAUGAACAACAAGCAACAACACCUCCACAGCCCAAUCCCAUGGAAGAUUUAAUUUCUCUAUAUGGACUAAAUGAUAUAGCAGACAAAGUAGUGAGAUACAAUUCCGAUGGAUCUAGAGCUAUAAAAUUAAGAAAAUCAUACAAGAAUCAAAUAAGUGAUGGUAUAGCUGGUAAAUGGAACAGUUCGAAUAUACCCACAAGAGCGAAAUUUGGAGAAAUAUCACCGCAUAUAUUCCACAUGAAUAACAUUACCGGUAAUACUAAUGGUGCGAAUAAUGGGUAUUGUUGCGAGAAUAGUUUUAACACAGAUGAACAGAAUAUCUUUAAACGUUGUGAUUGGGAUAUGUACUCCAGCGUGAUUCAACAAUUUGAUAGAGCGGGUGCUUUUAACGGAAAUGGAUCGAAUAUCAAUGGUAGCAAUAUAGGGUUUGGUGUGGACGACUUAGCAUUUGAUUUAGACGGAACGGGUAAUGUGAGCAACAUUAAUGGUAGCAAUAUUAAAAGAAAGAGGAAAAUGCAACAAAUGUCUGCGGGUACAAUGGAUAACAACGUUAGCACUGGUACUACAACAAAUAAUUCUCCAAUCGGAACAAACGGUAAUACGCCGAGUGACAGUACAGGUAAUAUUGUUAUGACCAGUACAUUGGAGACUGAUGAUGCUAAAAGGAGAAGAUUGGAGUAG